AUGUUACUGUGUGUGGCCCUGGUGGUCCGCCUUGUUCUGCUCCUCAGCGGCGCCGGCGUCGUCCCGAGCUUGCUGAGGUUCCUCGUCGCCGCCCUCCUGCGGCUUUUCGGCAUUGUGCUGCACGUUGCCCAUCUCCUCGUCCUCGGGCUUGGGUUUGAAGACGUUGCCGGUGCCACCACGGCCGACAUGGGUGCCAGCACUCGGCUCGUGGCGGGGUACCCUAUUGAAAGGAAGAGGGAACAAAAUGGGCACAGUUAG